UGCUUCAAUAUCAUGGCAGCCCUUGGAUGAGCGAUGAGUGGUCUAAGGAUCACGUCGAGUUCUUUUGUGAUCAAGCUGGAAGUGAUGUGCUCAAUAUUCAGCGGCCAUACAUAUCGACAGACUUCCUCGAUUCGUCUGUUCAGGCCGUAGCGUCAGGCCAUGCGCUGCACCAAUACCCAGCUAUCUUAGCGUUGGGCAUCAUGCUACUAGAGAUCCAUCUUGGGGACACAAUUGAGUCAAGAAGGAAGCCCGACGAAGACUGUGGUCAGGAUGGUCGCGUGAACGUCAACACGAACUUGUUCACGGCGCACCGCAUUCUUGAAGACUCUUGUGACGACAUGUACGGCAAUUACAGCAGUGCUAUCCGAGCUUGCCUCGAUCAGAGCAGAUUCCUGGACAUGGAGGAGGACGAGUUUCGACAAGCGCUCUACAGCAGCAUCGUGGUUCCGCUGGAAGAAGAGUUGAAGACGGCUUUCAAGAUGGAUGUCAGCCACGUGUGGGAAUGCGGGAAUCUCGGUUCUGUGCAGGCGAUUGCAGGGCAGAUGGCGGCGUGUGUACUCUGACGCCCAGAGUGUUCUCGGAUCGUUGAUCAUGUGCAACUUUGGGAGUG